AUGCCUCCAAGAAAAGGGAAGGUCGCAAAUAAAUCUGCCAACGGUGGUAAAGGAAAUGAAGCUGUUCAAGAUGAGAGAUUACAAGCAAUUGUAAUGACGGACUCUUUUCAAACUAGAUUCAUGCCUUUGACAUCAGUAAUGCCAAGGUGUUUGCUUCCAUUAGCAAACGUCCCAUUAAUCGAGUACACAUUGGAAUUCUUAGCAAAGGCAGGUGCAAGCGAAGUUUAUCUGGUUUGUGCUUCCCAUGCAGACCAGGUGAACGAGUAUCUGGAGAAUUCUAAAUGGAAUUUACCCUGGUCUCCAUUUAAAGUAUCUACUAUUAUGUCUCUUGAAUCUAGGUCCGUUGGUGAUGCUAUGCGUGAUAUUGAUAACAGAGGCAUAAUAACGGGCGAUUUCAUUUUGGUCAGCGGUGACUUAGUCACCAACAUGGAGUUUGACAAGGCGCUGGAAUUUCAUAGAAAGAAGAAAGCAGAAGACAAAGAUCACAUCGUCACAAUGUGUCUCAGUAAAGCCACCCAAUUUUUCAGAACUAGAUCCCAUGAGCCUGCAGCAUUUAUUCUUGACAAGUCUAAUGACAAAUGUCUUUAUUACCAAGAUAUCCCUUUUGCCAGUUCAAAGAAAAAAAGCUCCGUUGCAAUUGAUCCAGAGCUCUUAGAGGAUGUCGAUGAGUUUGUGAUUAGAAAUGAUUUGAUUGACUGUCAUGUCGAUAUCUGCUCCCCUCAUGUUCCACCCAUUUUCCAAGAGAACUUUGACUACCAGUUUUUGCGUAGAGACUUUGUAAAGGGUGUUUUAUCCAGCGAUCUGUUGAAGAAGAGCAUAUAUGCAUACAUCACAGAUGACUACGCUGCCAGAGCUGAAAGUUGGCAGACAUACGAUGCGAUUUCACAAGACUUUAUUGCGAGGUGGUGCUAUCCUCUGGUGCUGAACUCGAACUUACUUGAAGACCAAACUUACUCUUAUGAGUCACAGCAUAUUUAUAAAGAAAGGGAUGUAGUAUUGGCCCAAUCGUGUAAGAUUGGCAAACACACAGCGAUUGGCUCAGGUUCUAAAAUUGGUGAAGGGACUUUUAUUGAGAAUUCAGUGAUUGGCAAGAACUGCCAAAUUGGCGAGAAUAUCAUCAUCAAGAAUAGCUAUAUUUGGGAUGAUUCCGUAAUACUAGACAACUCUAUGAUCGAACAUUCCAUUGUAGCAUCUGGAGUGAAGAUUGGAAGGAAUGUCACUUUGGAAGAUGGAUGUGUUAUCGGUUUUAACGUUACUGUUGAUGAUGGGAAAACUAUUCCAAACGGUACUAGGAUUUCUGAGCUCCCAGUGCAAAAAAUGCCAAGCCCUUUCCUUGAUGAUGGGUCUUACACUGAUGAAGAGGAUAUCAGUGAUCGGGAACAAAAGCACCUGAUCGAACCAGCCACAGAUCUCGUUGGUGAAGGUGGAACCGGGUACAUAUACGAGAGUGAUUAUUCAGACAUUGACGACGAGGAUAGUAUUUUAGACAGGGUCACAAAUACUUUGACGUAUCGCAUUGAGAAUCUAUACUUUAGUGAUGACUCCACUUCCUCUGCAUCCACCAAGCAUAGAAAGAGAAGAACAAUGUCAACAACAAGCAUGACAACAGACAGAGAAGCUGAGGAUGGGCUCGAAGAAGAAGAUGAAGAUUUCGAGAAAGAAGCUAUUGCCACCGUCGAAAGAGCAAUGGAGAAUAAUCAUGACCUGGAUACAGCUUUGUUAGAGCUAAAUACUCUCAGAAUGAGUAUGAAUGUUACAUAUCACGAAGUUAGGUCGGCAACUGUUGCAGCCUUACUUAGAAGGGUAUACCAUUUCAUUGCUACGCAGACCCUUGGUCCCAAAGACGCAGUCGCAAAAGUUUUUGGCCAGUGGGGUAUGCUCUUCAAGAGACAGGCUUUUGACGCUGAUGAAUUUGUUGAUUUGAUGGACUUAAUUCUCGAGAAAGUAUCCAAGCAAAAUUUCGAGAAGCCAGAGUUUAUUCUUUUCAGCGCGUUGAAUUGCCUCUACGACAGAGAUAUAUUAGAUGAAGAUGUCAUUUAUCAAUGGUGGGAUGGCGUUUCUCAGGACCCAGAGCUGGAGAAGGUUAAAACGCUCACAGCCAAAUGGGUUGAGUGGCUAAAGAAUGCUGACGAGGAAUCGGAGGAGGAAGAGUCCGAUGAAAGUGAAAGCGAUGAAAACUAG